AGCCGGACCAAAGGAGAGAGGGCGCAGCUCGCACCAGACACACCAGCUCACACGGAACGAGGAACCAUGCUGAAAGCGGUUGCAGUGCCACUGUUGGCGGUGGUGACAGCCUGCUCGGCUGCCAGAAUCUUGAUGAUGGCGCCAACCCCGUCGUUCAGCCACCAGCUGCCGUUCCACAUCCUGGCCAAGGCGCUGCUCCAGAGGGGUCACCAAGUCACCCUCAUGACGACGGACUCGGUGAAGAUAUCUCACGAAAACUAUACGGAGAUUGACCUAUCAGUGUCUUAUAACUACGUUCGAGAAGCGUAUGAUUUUUUGAAGACGUACCAUCAGCCACCAACGCAGUCUGUUACUAUGCUACGCUACAUAGCCCAUGCAGUAGCCGACAUGGAGUUCAACGAUUCUUCGGUGCAGAAGUUUAUGAGGUCUGGCGAAACGUUUGACCUUGCGAUUCUGGAGGGACUCGCCUACCAUUCAUUCUACGGGCUGAUACACAAGAUGGGUUCGCCGCCUGUGGCGAAGCUUCUGACUCUCACGGCUCCGUCGUCCGUCUACUACAACUUCGGAAGCCCCAUGGAGCCGGCAUACAUGCCGGACAUGUGGCUAGGCUACUCAGACCGCAUGGACUUCUGGCAGCGGCUGUACAACACAUACUUCUACCUGAGGCUGAUGUACAUGUGGUUCUACCAGGCCAUGCCUUUACAAGAGGAAGUCAUGAGGAAAUACUUUGGACCAGAGCCUCCAUCUGUCUACGAAGCAGACAGGAACGUCAGUCUGCUCAUAACUGCCAACCAUUUCGUCUUUGAAUAUCCUCGUCCGCACCUGCCCAACAUCAUCGAGAUCACCGGGAUUCAUGUCGCCACAAAACAGAAACCGCUGCCCAAGGACAUCAAGAAGUUCCUGGACGAGGCGGAAGACGGCGUGAUCUACUUCAGCCUGGGCUCCAACGUGCGCAGCAACGCGAUGCCAGACUGGAAGCGACAGGCGUUCGUCGAGGCAUUCCGGGAGCUGCCUCAGAGGGUCCUCUGGAAGUGGGAGAACGACUCCCUUCCUGGUCAGCCAGACAACCUCUUGGUCAGCAAAUGGCUGCCACAGCAGGACAUCCUAGCCCAUCCAAACGUGCGGCUUUUCAUCAUGCAAGGAGGCCUGCAGAGUCUGAACGAAGCCACGUACCACGCCGUGCCGCUGCUCGUCAUCCCGUUCUUCUCCGACCAGGCGCACAACGCCGCCAAGAUACAGCAAGCCGGGAUAGGCGUACGGCUGGAGUACAGUGACGUCACCAAGGACACCUUGCUGAGAGACAUACGAACUGCCCUGCAAGAUCCCAAGUACAAGGACAACAUGAGGACUUUGUCAUCAAUAUUCCGCGAGCACAAGGCAGACUCUGUAGAGCGCGCCGUGUGGUGGCUAGAGUACGUGAUACGUCACAAGGGGGCUCCGCACUUGCGCAGUGCUGCCCUCGAUCUCCACUGGUGGCAGCGUCUGCUGCUGGACGUCAUCGCAUUCGUCCUUCUGGUGACCACCAUUGGAGCCUACCUGCUGUACCUCUCUACUCGGCGACUUGUUCAGUUCCUCUCCGAAUUUAGAGUGAAAUUCAAAACCGAGUAGAUCUGCUGAUGCACAGCUACUGAAAAGCGUAUCUGUGAUAUACAUCCAAGCUCGCUAAGACUUUUCUGCACGUCAAACCUUCACGAGACAUUUUCAGCAAAGAAUAACGGGAAAUUGUCGUCAUCACAAUUUUGUUGACGCGUUGGGGCACCUAGUCGGCUUUAUUUUAAAAUUACACCUGUUUCUGGAACGUCACACACUGCAUAUGUCUGAAGGAGUUUAGUGUACAGCUUAUUUUGGUAAACAUAUUCCACUGUAGCGUCAAAGUUCAUUAUGGAAUAUUGGUACAUAUUCUUGAUUGAUUCUCAUUGAUCUGUAAUGACCUCGAUAUCGACGAGACAUUAAACCCUAACCUACCUUCCUUCCUUCGUUCCUUUCUCGUCACAUGUUUGAACUAUUUAUUCAGAUAUUCAUUACUAACCAUGUGUUGCAGUGGUAAGACACUAGACUAUAUUUUGGAGGAUGGUGGGUUUUAGUGAUUUCCCUAAAUCCUUUAAGACAAUAGUUCCCUGAAGAGGCAUGGCCAGUUUCCUUUCCCAGUCUUCCCGGUUUUGAGCGUAUACUCUGUCUCUAAAGGAGUCAUCGUCAGUGGAUGUUAUACCCUAACCUUACCGUAACAUUACAGCAUGAAUCUCUGGUUCUUUUCCAAAAAAAUUAUUUCUUGUGUGAUCUCUCUCGAAGGAGCUCUUAACAGGAUUUUAUUUCUGCUUGUUAUGUAAUUAAACUUUGCAUUUUAGCAGCCUUGUCUCUCCCUUGUGUGUCAGAGCUGGUAUAGACAUUGUUUUGUAGAAUUUCAUUUGUGUUUCUCCAACGCAGUACGUCAGCAGCAUGCUACAUACUAAAUCAAAACGCGGUUCUCCUCAAAUAAAUUAUUUCCUUCUACUUACAGUCUUCUGGAGAACGUUGCUGAAUCUAAGUAGUUACCUCUGAUUAUCAUUCUCAGACCAUUUUGUCAACGAAUAAAGUGAAUAAUUAUGGAGAGAGAGUGGAGUCUGAUGUAGCGUGUUUGUUGAUUUUUAUCGUUUUGUUAACCUCAACAGUAUUAUUGUCUACUGAAAUGGGAUCUAAUUCUACAUAUGUUUUGUACCUUGUGUGAUAUAGCACGAAAAAUUUUUGUCAGAAAGUGUUUCACACUGUUUCUAUUUUAAAACACUACUGAUCGCUUUUGUGUACUCAAAAAAAGCAAUGUUCAUUUUGAAAUCAUAAUGCCAGCACUUCUCGAUUAUUUGUUGCUUACUAAAUACAUAUUAAAAUUACGAGCAACCUUUGUAGAAUCCGUUUAAGCCUUCGUCCAAGGUGACAUCUGCACUUUUUAUGAUUCCAGUAUUUUUAUACAACUCUUACAAUCAAUUUAUUCCUCUUCCUAACAAAUGGCACGAAUUUGACUGAAAUCAAUUUUUUGAGGAUUUUUUUGAUUCCAGAACAUUCAAAAGAUGUAACAGCAAUACACAGUUUAGCAUGUCGUCCGGUCCAAUUUUUCAAUUUUUUUGAGAGUGUCUCAUACUUCUUCAUAUAAAUAAACUGUGUCUUUCUCCUCUUUACUUCAGUGUUACAAUCUGUCGUACGCGUAUUCCUGUCUACCAUGUAGACUAUGUUAUAUGUUACUUAUAAAUGAACUAAGUUUUACCGAUGAGUAUGACGGAAUACUUUCCGCCUCGUUUCUUUUCUGUUUGUAAUUUAUUUCAUUUUAAAACGUUCUCUGGUAGAAGAUUGUUGUAAACGUCUGUUUCCCUUCAGUGCCUUAUUAAUCUCUUGAUUCCACUUUCCUGGUGUCCACUGUUUUUAGUUAUUGGAAAUUUGCCAGUGUUUCAUAUGUUAAUGUGCAAAUAUUCUUCUUUAAGUUUGACAGAAGAUACUCUUUAUUACUGUAGACCAUAAGUGCUGUAUCUAAAUCUGACUGAUAUCUCUUCCAAACAGAUUUUUAUGUGAUUUUUCUAUAAAUUGGUAUUUGGUGUGAAACAAUUAGGGCAGUGAAUUUAUGGCAAAAAUAAUUUACAGAUGUAACAUUAACAAAUAUUACAUCAAUAUGACAGUUUUGUAUAUGACAA